CUCAGCUCGCGUUCAAGCAACAUCCAUGUUGUGUGUGGGGUUUAAACACUCGUCACAAAACUUAUCACGAUCUUACUAUAACGUUGAUAAUGAGUGCACGACAUGCUAAUUUUGAUACUCUUGGGCGGUCUUUGGGCUACAACUGACUCCUCGUCAUACAUACCAGGUGGCCAGAGCUACUCCGGCAUGUCCGUGCUGAAGACGACUGCUUGGGGCGAGGACCUAUUGACCUCCAGUGCACCCUCCACCCCUCUGUACUUCCUGGACCCUGAGAGUUCCUUGAACGUCACCGGCCAACUAGGGGCUGCCGUCGACCUUCAUUGUAGAGUCAGCAGACUGCCAGGAGAUACCACGGUGUCUUGGCUGAGACGGCAGGACGGUCAGCUGAGACUGCUAGCUGUAGGUCUGGAGAUCUACUCCACGGACCCACGGUACUCCGUGAGGCUCUCAGACCCCGGGGACUGGAGUCUCAGGUUGAGGGUGCUCCAGGAGGCUGACCAGGGACAGUACGAGUGUCAAGUACCAUCGCAUCCUCCAAGAGUACACUCCAUUCACCUCCAUGUCGUUGUUCCAGAAUUGGACAUCACAGACGAGAGGGACGUUCCAAUAAGGGACAAGUUCUACAACGCAGGCAGUACCAUACAACUCAAGUGUAGACUGACCAGGGUACCUCGUCCUUCACACUUCCUACACUGGAGACACGGAGACAAGAUACUCAACUAUGACACUACUAGAGGGGGCAUCAGUGUGAGGACCGAUGUGACCGAAGACGGAGCCUGGAGUAGACUGUUGCUGGCUCACGCUACCCCACGUGACACCGGAAACUACUCCUGUUCCCUAUCUGAUGUGGCUACAACUUCCGUAACUGUGCAUGUCCUUGACGGGGAGACUCCGGCAGCGAUGCAGCAUGGGACCUCUCCUCAGCUAUCAGCCUGCUGGCCCCAGCUGAUGCUGCUGAUGACGUCAUGGCUGCUGAUGCUCAGCUGACCACAUC